GGUCUUUAUUUAAACGUGGUGGAACCUUUGACAAACAGAUAUACCAAAGGUUACCCAAGUAACCGGGUAUCUUUUUUUUUUAUCUGACAUGACAGUACAAUAAAUAAGAAGCUGUGGUAUCGACAUCCGAUUUCCCAUGUUUACAUUUUUGUUAUUUGUAUUUUAAUCUAUGCGAGAAACAACACCACGUAUUUAGUUUAAACAAAAAAAAAAUUGCUUAUUUUUUUUUUGAAUUCCGGGGAUUUGCCAAUCAAACAGCUACAACACAGCGAGGAACCUGUCAUUUUUCAUAAAUUAUUUUUUUUAGACUCAUUUCUAUUGUAACAUUACUCUUUCUCCAUCAUCAUUGCCAUGUUAAAAAAGACUGUUCUCUUGUCUGCGAUUGCCUGUUUACUCACGUCUUGUACUGUGGCUACACAGGACGUACUUACGUUAAACACACGGGAAGAAUUCGAUGCUGCCAUCAACACUCACGAAUUACUCUUGAUGAAAUUUUUUGCUCCCUGGUGUGCCCGAUCCAAAGAACUUAUUCCUGAAUAUGCAACGGCCGCCACUUUAUUAAAGGAAGAUAAUAUCACACUAGCAGAAAUUGAUUGUACAGUGAAUAAUGUGGUUUGUGAUCGUUAUGGACUUUUGGCCUAUCCUACCAUGCAAAUCUUUCGAAAGGGACGUGCCAGUGAUGUUUAUCCACAUGAACGUACAACUGACGGCAUUGUGAAAUUCAUGAAAAAACACUUGACACCUACAUUGAGUUUAUUGGAAAAUACGCAAGAUUUAGACACAUUGAAAAAGGAUGAAUCUAUUUUAGCGGUGGCAUAUGUCGAUCCUAAGGAUACCACCACCUUGGAACAAUGGCGUGAAUUAUCCGAUCGACUUCAUGCAGAUUAUGCUUUUGGUUACGUGACAGACCCUUCUUUUGCGAAAUCCCAAAAGGUGACUGAAUUCCCUACCAUUCGCCUUUAUAAACACUUUGACGAUCUUCAAGACACUUUUACUGGUUCCGUUUCAGAGGCAGAAGAUUUCAUCAAAUUAAAUGCGGUGCCUUUAUUGGACACCAUCCGACCCGAGACAUUUAUGGAUUACGUCGAUGCAGGACGACCACUGGUAUUCCUGUUUUCAAACUCGGAUGAAAUGCAACAAGAAUUACACAAUCGAUUAUUACCCUUGGUCAAAGCGUACAAGGGGAAAUUCUCAUUUGCUCAUAUUGAUGCUACUGAAUAUAUCUCACAUGCUGAAUUCUUAUCCUUGAGACCAAAUGAGUGGCCUGCUAUGGGUAUUCAUAACUUUAAAACGGGAGCUCGAUUCCCUUUUGAUCAACAAGGCGACCUUGCUUUACAAGACGUGGAUUCGAUCCAGGCCUUUUUAGACAAAGUACAUGAAAACAAGGUGAAACCCGUCUAUAAAUCACAAACUCCCUCUAAAGAAGUAACAAAAGAAGAUCCAGUUAAAAUCGUAGUAGGUGAUGAUUUUGAAAAGGUGGUACUAGAUAAAUCCAAGGACGUCUUUAUUGAGAUUUAUGCUCCUUGGUGUGGUCAUUGUCGUGCUUUGGAACCCAUCUGGAAACAAUUGGGAAAAGUCAUGCAAGAUAAUGAAGCGGAAAAACAUGAUUUGGUAGUGGCAAAAAUGGAUGGUACCGUGAAUGAUGUACCUCUCUCUGCUGGAUUUCAAGUAACGGGUUAUCCUACCAUCAAGUUUUUUAAGGCACAAGAUAAUACCAUGAUAAGUUACAAGGGAGGACGCACCUUGUACGAUCUUGUAGAGUUUUUAAAUGAACAUUCAUCAACACAGACAUUGCAUAUUGAUUUAGAUAGCUUGUCAAAAUAUGAGGAUACUGAGGAAGUACCCCGUGAUGAGCUCUAGAUAUAAAAAAUAAAAUUAAAAAAAAA